CGAAUCAGUUGUUUGUCGGCAUCGUUUGCGAGCGGUUGUGUUGUGUAGUUGAGUAACGGUACUAUUUUAUGGCGCGCAAUCGAAAACGUGUGUGUUAAAGAAAUUUGUGUAAUUUGUGGCAUAAUAAUUAUAUACUAAAAUACUUAUGCCAAAUUAAGGCAACCGGUGAACUGCUAUCGCAGUGAAGUGUGGGCAAGUGUUGUAUGGCAAAAGAAGUGGCAUGGAGUUGUAUAGUGUUGGUCAUCUUAAGAUAAACAAGUGCUAAAGUAUAUGUUUCAUAAUUAAAACAGGAAUAUGUAAAUGUAAAUUACAUACAAUUGCGUGAAAAAAAUAUUCAACUACUACUUAUGAUAAUGAAUUUCCUGCGAAGUGUAUAAAUACAACAACAAUUUCAUAAAAAUGAAUCAAAAGCAUUAAAGCAGCGCUUUAUAAAAUGCCACACGCUCAACGAACUCAAUGCGAUUACUUGUAAAUAAAUAUACGCGAUAAGAACAAAUAAAUGCAAUGCCGUCAAUACGCGCAACACAUUUCACAAAGCUAUUGAGGCAGCCAGCGAGCAGCUUAUUAUUCGUUUUGAUAUUUAUGUGCCAUAAAACUGAUUUCAGUUUAAUUGAAACUGCAGCCGAUGUGAUAACCGAUCCUAAAUUCAGUUUUCCAAUUGUAAAUGUCACAGCGUCGGUGGGCCGUGAAGCCUUUCUCACAUGUGUUGUACAGGAUUUGGGAUCAUUUAAGGUCGCGUGGCUGCGUGUAGAUACACAAACAAUUUUGACCAUACAAAAUCAUGUGAUUACAAAAAAUCAACGCAUCGGCAUAACGAAUUCAGAACACAAAACGUGGACAAUGAAAAUCAAAGAUAUCAAAGAGAGCGAUAAAGGCUGGUAUAUGUGUCAAAUAAAUACGGAUCCAAUGAAAAGUCAAAUGGGCUAUCUGGAUGUGGUAGUCCCGCCGGAUAUCCUCGAUUAUCCCACCAGCACGGAUAUGGUUGUACGCGAGGGUAGUAAUGUGACGCUCAAAUGUGCGGCAACGGGCUCACCAGAGCCGACAAUUACAUGGCGACGUGAAAAUGGAGUACCCAUUGAAUUGGCCAACGGCUCAGAGGUAUUGAGCGUUGAAGGUAUCACUUUGGACUUACCACAAGUGAAACGUCAACAUAUGGGUGCGUACUUAUGCAUAGCAUCGAAUGGUGUGCCACCAUCUGUGAGCAAACGCAUAACAUUGAUAGUGCAUUUCCCGCCAAUGAUAACAGUGCAAAAUCAACUAAUCGGUGCAGUGGAAAAUAAAAACGUAACUUUGGAAUGCCAAUCUGAAGCCUUUCCUAAGUCAAUUAAUUACUGGACGAGAGAGCGAGGAGACAUUGUACCACCAGGUGUCAAAUACACAUCGGGUGUAACGGAAAUUGGCGAAUAUCGUAAUGCAAUGCAAUUACAUAUAAGUGAUUUGACGCAAGCAGAAUUCGGCGCUUAUCGAUGUGUGGCGAAGAAUUCACUCGGCGACACCGACGGCACCAUAAAGCUAUAUCGAAUACCACCGAAUGCUGUGAAUUAUGUGGAGAACUCCGAAGGACGUUACAAAGGCAGCAACAAAAAACGCAUCAAGAGCUCGGAACUCUAUCACCAGUCGAAGGUGACCGAUGGCAGUAGCAUGGACAUGGAGAAUCCCGGCAAACGAAAAGACAUGAUGCUUGGCAACGAAUUGGAGGAUGGUUACUACGACUCAGCUGCUGCCACUGUAACGCAUUGUCAACAACAUAAAUUGACAGUGACAACAGUGCUGGUGUUCACAAUGUUGUUACUGUUCAGAAAAGUUGCGGCAGUGAUUGACGUCUGACAGUUGCUGAGCGCAGAGCUGCUGAUACACUGAUGACACUGUGGUUGCGGUGGCGUAUGAGUAACUGUUAAUGCUAAAGAGAUUUACUGUUGGUUGGUUAUGAUUUAUGUGUGCUUGCAUGUAAAUAUUACUGCAAUGAAUUUUUGCAAGUGUGUGAGUUUCAAGUAUUAAGCGGUUGGCGCUUACAUGAGUUAAAAUUGUAGAGCAUACUAUAAAGGGUUUAGCAAUGGUAAGCAAGUGUAAAUAUAACGAAUGAUUUUUUGGUUUUAUUGGUGGCUUAUUGAAAGUAAAAAGUAUGAAACUUAUAAAAAUAUGGAGGAAUUAGAAAUUAAAGAAGCAAAUAGCAUAAACAAAAAUAAAAAAAAACAUAAAAUGGCAAAAUGGUUGAUAUUAUUUAAUUUAUUAAGAAUAAUUAAUUUUAUUAACCCAUAAUUCCGUGUAGAUAAGUAUUAAAAUAAGAUAAGUGUAAAGUUA